AUGCGUCUCGCCCCUGACGCUACGCCUGACAUGGAGGAGCAUUCGAAGCAUGAAAAGCAGCCAUUGAUCCGCUGUAUCGAUAAGGAGGAAGAGCUGUGUGUCGGUGAGGACGGGCUCAUUGCCGUCGUGCCUGUGGAUAUCAAGAGCCGUAUGAAGAAGCUGAAGAGGCUGCUGGAAUGUCGUGAAGAUGAGCUGCGGCAGGCAGCAGAAUAUGGUCUGGGGCUACUGGAAGCCAAUGGGGAGCUACAGAUGCAAGUGGCGACACUGAAGAUACAGCUGGAAACGGAGACAGAGGAGCUGUCGGUGGACAGAAACACUUGGCAGCGACGCACUGAGCAGGCGCAACAGGAGACGGCGCAGUGGAAGCGCAAAUUUGCACGUGCGGAAGAGGAAAAGACGGAAUUGGUAGAGGAGUUUGAGUGCUUUGUUCGACGCUGCGAGUGUUCUCGACACGAUGCUGAAAAGCUGGCGAACGAUUGCGCAUCGAGCAGCGGACAAAAGUGCUCCGAUCAUUUGGACACGAUCGCCCGACUGCAGAGGGAGUUACAGGACGUCCAAGCCGCUCAGCGUGUCAAGGAGUCAGAACUGACAACGCUACGACUGUGGAAAGAGGGGGCGGUGCAGCAGCAACAAGAGGCGCUUGCAUGCGAAGUUGUAGCUGCUCAAAAGGAAGUCACAGACAUCGCAGAAGUGGAAGAAGAGCUAGCAGCUACCCAACGUGCGAUGAGAGUUCUUACAGAUGAGAAGGAUGCGUUGCGCGAAUUGGCAGAAAAGCACGAAGAAGACAUGCGUGCGCUGAAGAAGCAUCUUCGCAAUGCCGAAGCGGGGAAAGAUGACGCGGAGAUAUUGAGUAAUGAAUUGACUGAGAAACUGUUGUCGCUCGAGUCGCGAUGUACGCGACUUCAGCGCGAACUCGAGCUGCUGCAGCACGUAUCCUAUUUCACUCAAGCAGUCGUUGACUGCGACGAUGAAGAAAGUGAUGAAGACGAUGGAAUUGAUGAAGAAAAGAAUUCCCAGAUAGCCGUGCUCGAUACGAAUGAGAUCGAGAAUACCGACACUACGCAAGCUGCUGAGAACUCGGAAAACGGAGCUGUGCCUUUGACAUUACGAACUAAACGACAGCGACCUGGUCUCGUCGAACCAGGGACCCCACGUACGCUAUGCCCCACUACUGAAGAAGGAUCGCAUGCGCAGGCACCGGAGUCGGAGCACGAGAUGAACGCAAAGUUACACCACUACUUUCACUUGACGGCACUGAGCAUCAUACACGAGAAUAGUUUGCACGAACGCUGCUUCGAUUCGUCGAGUCGCCUCACGAUCGACAUGUGGCACCGCGAAGUUAUAGCGAAGGAAGUCCCGUUCCUUUUGUGGCAUUCGUGGCUCAUCAAUCGCAUUGGCGAGGUGGCCAUGCUUGUACAGGAUGAAGGUGGCGUGCCCCAUGGACCCACUCGAGCGCCGAAUGUUAGGGGUGCGUUCUUCAGGUUUUCGUUGCUGAAACUCAGUGGAAGUGGCGGUACGACACCGAGAAAUAAUCUGGCUGCUUCGCCCCCAAGCGUCGCAUCGUCGCCAGCAUCGUCACCGGUGGCUCGAGUACCAUUUGCAGUGGCACGAGCAUUUUUUCGUUUAGUGAGAAAGAGGACACGUGCUGGCGCAGAACCUUCGCCAGUAGGUGGGUCGCCAGCCUGUGGCGCACCUGUUGGAUAG